GUUUUGCAGGGGUUACGUUUGCAGUCAGUCCGGUGUUUGCAAAUAUUGUGUGGGCUCCGCGCGCUGCGGGCUGCGGGAGGGUCCGGACCGGGCGUCUGAUUGCCGUGCCAUUGAGUUUGCAUGAAACUUUCACCUGCGCUCGCGGGGAGAGUUUCGGCUCCGACUCCAGACCGCACACCUCCCUGUUUUCCCGACAGCGGGGACUGUCUUUUCCAAACCGACAUGGAUGUGCUCCCAAUGUGCAGCAUCUUCCAGGAACUCCAGAUUGUGCACGAAACGGGCUACUUCUCGGCUCUGCCGUCCCUGGAGGAAUAUUGGCAACAGACCUGCCUGGAGUUGGAACGCUACCUCCAGAGCGAGCCCUGCUAUGUUUCAGCCUCGGAAAUCAAAUUUGACAGCCAGGAAGAUCUGUGGACCAAAAUCAUUCUGGCUCGGGAGAAGAAGGAGGAAUCAGAACUGAAGAUUUCUUCCAGCCCCCCGGAGGAUACUCUGAUCAGCCCGAGCUUCAGUUACAACUUAGAGACCAACAGCCUCAACUCAGACGUCAGCAGCGAAUCGUCCGACAGCUCAGAGGAACUUUCCCCCACUGCCAAGUUCACCUCUGACCCCAUCGGUGAAGUCUUGGUCAAUUCAGGAAAUCUGAGCUCCUCAGUGACGUCCACGCCUCCUUCUUCUCCAGAACUGAGCAGGGAACCUUCUCAACUGUGGGGUUGUGUGCCUGGAGAGCUACCGUCACCGGGGAAGGUGCGCAGUGGGACUUCAGGGAAGCCGGGUGACAAGGGUAGUGGCGACGCCUCUCCAGACGGCAGGAGGAGGGUGCAUCGAUGCCAUUUUAACGGCUGCAGAAAAGUUUACACCAAAAGCUCCCACUUGAAAGCACAUCAGCGUACUCACACAGGAGAAAAGCCUUACAGAUGCUCAUGGGAAGGGUGUGAGUGGCGUUUUGCAAGAAGUGAUGAGUUAACCAGACACUUCCGAAAGCACACCGGUGCCAAGCCUUUUAAAUGCUCUCACUGUGACAGGUGUUUCUCCAGGUCUGACCACCUGGCCCUGCACAUGAAGAGGCACCUCUGAGGGAGCAGAGGGGUGAUUCCUGUAGGCUAAAAGGCUUCCAGGCUGAGAGAAGGCCAUGGAAGGAGGGAUGCGUGUUCCAGCCAAAGCAUGCCAUUUUGCACCUACCCAGUUGCCUCCAGGGCCUCUCUUUGGAAGGUCUUUUGAGGGCUAAAAAAGUCAUGUAAGAAGCAGCAUAGCACCCAUGGUGCGUGGUGUUUGGGUGACCCUGGACUCGCCACUGGUACCUAACCUUCUGAGAGGCUCCCGAGCCUUUGCUGUGAGCAUGCGCACUGAGAAUGUUAAUGGUUGGGUUGACUGUAUGUUGAGGAUCUAUUACUGACUGUAUGAUGAGGCAGACUUUUUUUCCCUUGUGGUAGCAAAACUGCAAGAGAUGGAAUCAAAAAAGUUGUUUGAAUGUUUUGUGUGUAAGGAGUAUACCAUGAGAUGAGACGACCACCAAUCAUUUCCUGGGGGGUGUCUGCACCUUAGAAAAAAACAAAAACAAACAAACAAACAAAAAAACAAAAAAAGAACAAAAAACAAAAAAACAAACAAAAAAAAAAAAAAAAAAAAAAAAAAGAAGGAAAAACUUGGAGGGUGGGAGCGGGAACUCAGGACCCCAGAGCGGAGAGUGGUAUGAGCAGGGGGAGACCUGUCCCCCUUUCCUGUGUGAGCGGAACUUCCGGUGUCUGGUGCAGCUAUUAAAUGUGCAAUGUGUCAAGUAGCUGGUUUUACUUGCUACAACAGAGCUCAUUUGUAACCCAUUGUAUAAGCUGUAUUUACAAAUAUAACACAAUGAUGAUUUUUUUCCUUAUAAUACAAAAAGUCAUGCAUGGUCUGGGGAACUAUAUGCUUUUCCAUUUUUAAAUCCGGACUGCAGUCUCAAUUUCAGAUAAGGAGCAGCUCAGAUACGAUUUGUCUGGUACAGUGAUCCCUGGCCACCUGGGCCUGGCAAGACACGGUUUUCCCCUUUCUAUUUUGUAACACUCCCCUUCCAAAAAGGUAUUGUGCAGCUGAGGAAUAAUUUUUAAAUGAUUCUGAAUUUGAAUUAACUUUUUGGAGAAUUUUUGAUGCCCUUUGAAGAAACUGGACAUGUGUCAAUUGUCUAAAAGCUGGGGCUGGAAAUUGCUGGUCUAAUGUUACAUUAGGCCCAGAAUCUACGAUUUUUCUUAGUUGGGUGGACAGAACCACUAAAGCUUGGAAACUUUUCUCAUGCAGCUGUGUUUCUCUUAUUUAUGCCUUGAGGACUCAUUCUGGUUUUCUAGCUGUUAAUGCACUGUUGACCUUCAUAAUGGUGCCUUAUGCAAGUGACCCCUUAUGUAGGGGUCUCAUACAGGGGUGUGGGUGACGCAUGCUUUAUUACGGCUCUUUCUUCACCUGGCAGUGUACUGUAUCAAUGUAUAAUAGGGAAAAAAGAAAAAGAAAAAAAAAUAAUAAAAUAAACCUCUUUAAGGUCCUCCUUCACAAAGACAAAUAGAUGCAAACUCUCUUGACAUGUCAGUAUUCGUUCAAUAUUUUAGACAACUUGACCGUCAGUGUUAAAAUGGAAAAAAGAAAAAUUUAAAAACUCAUGAUAAUUGAAAAACCUGACCAAUUCUGCCACCUCAAGACUUUCAUAUAGACCUUGCACAACAAUUGUAUAGAUUACACACCGGCUGUAUUUAAUAUGUAAUAUUUUCACACAUAUUAAAGAUACAGAAGUAUAAAAAAAUGUCAGUGUAUUUGCUUAAAAGGCACAAGUUUCACAUAUCUAUCUAGCUAUCUGUUGGUAAUGCAGAAAGUAUGCUACUUUUUUUUUUAAAAAAAAGUGGGCAGAAUUCUUGUGUAUGUAUAUUUGUGUGUAUAGUAUGUGUAUGUGUGUAUAUAUAUAUAUUAUAUAUAUAUAUAUAGAUAAUAUAUAAAUAUUUUUUUUAAGGAGAAACUAGAAUGUUUAGCUAGAAAAUUCUACAGCCUGUGAAGAAAUAUUUCAAAAUGGCCAUAAAGGAGGUAAAAAUGAAAACUAUAACCUAACUUUUAUAGAGGCUUUAUCUUUAAUUUAAAGAUUUGCUCAAGACUCUCUUGGCAUUGAAUCUGUUCCAAAGUGCUGACUUUGCUUGCCAUGGUCAGUCUGGAAUUGGGCACCUUUGGCCAUUCACAAGAGGUGAGAACGGAAUACCAGAAAACCAGUUGGACUCAGACACACCAAGGUUUUGAUUUGAAUUUCAGCCUUAUUAGAAGAUCUAACCUAAGAGUAAGCUAAUCACAGGGAUUCUUUUUUAGAACACUUUUUAUGCAGAUGAAACUAUUUUUUCCAGCAUGUAGAUUCUCCCAUUUUCUCUAAGAAGUAAUUUCCCCGAAUUGGCAUACCACAGCACUGACAGCUGAUAUUUCUUCCAGCUGCUGGCCUGUGGGUGUGGAUCUUUUCUUUUUGUACACACACACACACACACACACACACACACACAGAGUCCGGCUGGGCUGGUAUUUUGUUUGCUCUUCCUGGAAAUGAGCAGUGAUUAAAGCUCACAUAACUGGUUUUUUAUCUGGGCUGAAGAAUACAUUUACCUAAAAAAACUUAAUUCAUUUUGCUUAGGGGGAAAAUGCACUUUUUAUUUGGCAGUUCAAAAUCCAAGCACUUGAUUUGCUGGGUUUUGGAAAACUCCUUUUUUGGCCCUGCUGUGUGCUUAGCCAUAACAAUUCCAUUAAGCAAGAAGGUAAACAAAGGACAAAAAAACUUGCACUGGCUUGUCUCACUUAUGAAACACCAUCAGAGUUGUUUGACAGGGUGGGGCUGGGUGCCAUGUAUGUCAAUGCCUGUAAUUUUCAUAAUAAGCAAGUACAUAAAGAAGUACAUUCUGUUCAGGUGAUAACUGAGCCUCAAUCAAGCAGAAACUUUUUGCUUGAAAUUAAAAAAAAAAAUUUCUAUUAGUGAAAUUUCUUUUUGUUAUUUUUUUUUUUUUUUGGAAGCACCCUGUUAUCUAAAGAAUCUUUGUAAGAUUUUUGUAAAAUUUUGUUUUACAAGAUUUUAUUUGAAAUUGUUUUUUGCAAGAUUGUUAUAUUUCUGUAUGAAUGUAUUUUUUAUUGGAAUAACAUAAAAGAAUUCUUAUCAGCA